CGUUCUCUACGCCUAGGACGUCAGCGUGCCUUUACCAAGAUGGCGUAUUCAGUGCUGCUCCCAUUUUUUUUUUUAUUAACCCGGAAUCUGUAAACGCGGUUUUCAGUUGCUGCCUUGCAGUUUUGUGCAUGGUAGAUCAAUUGAAUGGGAUUGUUUGUGUGGGACUGCUGCACAUUCUUUAGGUUUAAAAGUCUUUUUUUUUAUCCACAUUCAUCUGAAACGUGGAUAAAAAUAAAAUAAAAACGGGGUGGCGGACCGACCCGUGAGGCAGCAGUUUUGAAUCUGUUUACGUAUCGUUGUCAGCGCUGAAGAAGAUAAAAACACAUUAAAAUGUCGGAUACAUGGAGUAAUAUUCAAGCUCACAAAAAGCAACUGGAUUCUCUGCGUGAGAGGCUGCAGAGACGGAGAAAAGACACGACGCAGCUGGGAAUAGACCUCUCGAAUCCUGACCCUGGCCAAGCCCGCAGUGACAGCCCGGGUCCCGUGGCUCGGCCCGGUCAGGAGAGGGAGAGCCAGCAGGAUGUGCGUAUCGACCCGGUUCUGGAGAGGACACUGCUGCUGUACCUGUGUGACAUUGGACUGGCUCUGCCCAUUGACUCCCUCGCCAUAACCAGCGCGCUGUCCACCCCUGAAAACCCAGUGGAGCAAGCAUGCGUGGAGAGCCUCCUUCUCAAAUUCGCAGCUCAGGAGCUCAUUGAGGUGCGACCCCUGACCUCCGACCCCAGCCGCCCUCCGCCCCCCACCCUAGUGACGAGCGCUGACCACCCGAAGCUCUGGGCCAUGAGAGGAGCGGUCACUUCAAACACUGCCGACCUGGGCGAACCCAACACAGCAGCACACGCCCAGCCAGCCAGGGGCGGGGUCAAACGCAAGGGGGCAGACUUAGAAUCCAGCCCGGCUCCCUCCAGCUCCACCCCCAGUUAUGCCAGCCCUGCCCCCUCCUCUUCGAUGUCUUCAAGUAUGUCUCAGAUAGCCAGUGCUUCAAGCUUGCCGCCCAUCUCCUCCAUCUCCUUCUCCCCCUCUCCCUCCCUCUCCCUCUCCCCCGCUCUCUCGUCUCUCGCCUCCUCGGGGGAUAAGAAGGGCCAGGGGGCGCCAGGGGACCUUCCUGCCCUGAAGAAGUCGCGGGGGGGCAAAGUCCGUGCCUCCGAUUUACACUUGGAGAUCGAGAGUUUAUUGAGUCAGCAGUCUACCAAGGAACAGCAGAGCAAAAAGGUGAGCCGGGAGAUCCUGGAGCUGCUGAACACCAGCACGGCUAAGGAGCAGAGCAUCGUGGAGAAGUUCAGGUCGCGGGGCCGCGCCCAGGUGCAGGAGUUCUGUGACCAGGGGACCAAGGAGGAGUGCGUGCGAGCCUGCGAGGGGGGGCCGCCCUGCAGGAAACUGCACUUCAGGCGCAUUAUAAAUAAGCACACUGAUGAGAGCCUGGGUGACUGCUCCUUCCUGAACACCUGCUUCCACAUGGACACCUGCAAGUAUGUGCACUACGAGAUUGACUGCCCCCCGGACGUGGAGGAGGGGGAGCUGGAGGGUGCGCAGAGCAGCGGGGCGCAGCUGGGGCUGGCGGCCGGGGUCACUGACCCCAACGUGGGCAAGCUGUUCCCCUCGCAGUGGAUCUGCUGUGAUAUCCGCUACCUGGAUGCCUCGAUCCUGGGGAAGUUUGCGGUUGUCAUGGCGGACCCCCCCUGGGAUAUCCACAUGGAGCUUCCCUACGGGACCCUCACCGAUGAUGAGAUGAGGAAGCUGCACAUCCCCAUGCUGCAGGACGACGGCUUCCUGUUCCUGUGGGUCACCGGCAGAGCGAUGGAACUCGGGAGAGAGUGUCUGAAACUCUGGGGUUACGAGCGAGCUGACGAGAUCAUUUGGGUGAAGACAAACCAGUUACAGAGAAUCAUUCGUACUGGGAGAACUGGGCACUGGCUGAACCACGGCAAGGAGCACUGUCUGGUUGGUGUUAAAGGCAGCCCACAGGGGUUCAAUCGAGGGUUGGAUUGCGAUGUCAUUGUGGCAGAGGUUCGUUCCACGAGUCACAAGCCUGAUGAGAUCUACGGGAUGAUCGAGCGCUUGUCUCCUGGAACCCGGAAGAUCGAGCUGUUUGGGAGACCUCACAACGUGCAGCCCAACUGGGUGACUCUUGGUAACCAGCUCGAUGGGAUUCACCUCCUCGACCCUGACGUGGUGUCCCGGUUUAAGAAGCGCUACCCUGAUGGCGUCAUUUCCAAACCCAAGAACAUGUAGAUGCCUGGAAUACAGCGACGGACAAGUCCGGAAACGUGUCCCCCUCCUGAAACCGGAAACGUGUCCCCCUCCUGAAACCGGAAACGUGUCCCCAUACUGAGGCUGGCAAACAGAUUUCUUUUAAAAUAGAGCAGUAGCAGAUGUUUUUAAACUGAUGAUACAUGUGUACUGUAACAUGCAGUUUUGAAAGAACUGCACAUAUGAGACCUGUGCAGUGUGACCUGGGUAAUAUUAUUAAUGAAAUGAUUGUCAGCUACAAUAGAUUUGAGUACGUAGCUGCAAAUUAAGUUUUAUUUCUUUUUUUCUCUCCAUUCCCCAUUAUUAUUAUUUUUCUCUCUUUUUUUUUUUUGGUGUUUGCAAUCAUCUUCUCAGAAUUGAGUUCUUAUCCUUUGUCUCAAAAUCUGUCUUUACCUGGCUUUGAGCUUGCCUGGAGAGUCCUAGGUGCCGGGCAGUGAACAAACUUCCCAAUUUCAUUCAAAUCAUGUGACGAAAUGACGUUCUGUACCACCUACUCACCCUCUCUAGAUGUGUAGAUUGGACUGGCAAGACUUGGUCACAGUGUUUCAUUGGAAUGAGGAAGGCUGUCCAGCCACAGCAUUUAGGAGUCUCCUGACAAGCUCAAAGCAGAUAGGAGAAAAUAUUGGAGCAAGAUUACUCAGAACUGCUCAGUGAUUGCAAACACACAAAGACAGAUGACAUUAGAAACUUACUUGCUCUUAAAACAUGAAUUCGCAUCCCUCUAGUAAAUCACAUGUAUCCAUCACUCAAGACCUGUUUGUUGCACAAGUAAUAACUAAAUAACUAAAACCCAAACCCUAACCCACUGGGACUGACUUCAACGCGAUCUAGAGUCAGACUUGUUCAUUUCCAUCAGCAGCAGAAAUCAAUUUGAAUUGAGACUCUGUCUGCCUGCCUGCCUGUCUCUGUCUGUCUCUGUCUGUCUGUCCGUCUGUCUGUCUGUCAGCCCCAUUAGGAUUGCGGGCUGGCAGAUCUCCAUCUCUCCACACUGAUGGUGGAAGUGACCUAACGAGCAUCCAGUGUGGAGGAGUAGAGAGAGGUGGGUUUUAAAUCUGCAGAAAAACAAGUUGCGUAGUCAAAUGUGAUGUAUGAUGCAGUGCUUUUGGUCAGAUAUCACUAUUACAAGAUGUUGGAAAGUAGCAGACAAACACACCACAAACUACUGUACUGUUCUAGCUGUGUCUUAAUUCUUUAUUUAAAAAAAAAAAAAAAAAAAUUAGAAAAUGAAGACACAGACUUUUUUUUAAUUCUUUUUGUAAUGUUAAUAAAUGUAUUUUUUAGAAAUAA